AGCUCCGGCUACAUGACACGGAGCUGCGAAAGUAAAUCACUUUCCUGGGAACAAGGGGAAGUGCAGCAUAUUGUUUUGCAGACUUUGCCUGCAGCUUCUUUGCAGUAUAAGCACAGAAUAUUAUACACCCAGGAAAGCAGUUGGAGAGAGAUGGACUUCCAGCGCAGACUUCACCCGUACCCCAUCCCGGAGGAUGAAGAGGUUGCACACCAGGUCGCUCCUGAUGCUCACAACUCCGCAGGGAAUGAAGGAGAGAAACCAGUGUCAAAAUUGCAACGUAGGCACAGUGAGAUAAAACUCUACAAAGAGUUUUGUGACUUUUAUGCAAGAUUCAACAUGGCAAACGCGCUUGCAAAUGCCAUCUGUGAGCGCUGCAGAGGUGGCUUUGCCCCUGCCGAGAAAAUUGUCAACAGCAACGGUGAGCUGUACCACGAGCAGUGCUUUGUCUGUGCCCAGUGCUUUCAGCAGUUCCCCGAAGGGCUCUUCUACGAGUUUGAAGGGAGGAAGUACUGUGAACAUGAUUUUCAAAUGCUUUUUGCCCCUUGCUGCCAUCAAUGUGGCGAGUUCAUUAUUGGUCGUGUUAUCAAAGCCAUGAACAACAGCUGGCAUCCAGAGUGCUUCUGCUGUGAUAUCUGUCAACAAGUAUUGGCUGAUAUCGGAUUUGUCAAGAAUGCUGGCAGACAUCUCUGCCGUCCGUGCCAUAACAGGGAAAAAGCCAGAGGCCUGGGAAAGUACAUUUGCCAGAAGUGCCAUGCCAUUAUUGAUGAACAGCCUCUCAUAUUCAAAAAUGAUCCUUAUCACCCUGAUCAUUUCAACUGUGCAAACUGCGGGAAGGAACUUACUGCUGAUGCUCGUGAGUUGAAGGGAGAAUUGUACUGCUUACCCUGCCAUGACAAAAUGGGUGUCCCCAUCUGUGGGGCAUGUAGAAGACCAAUUGAAGGCCGUGUGGUGAAUGCUAUGGGCAAACAAUGGCAUGUGGAGCAUUUCGUGUGUGCAAAAUGUGAAAAGCCAUUCCUGGGUCAUCGUCAUUAUGAAAGAAAAGGCUUGGCAUAUUGUGAAACCCACUACAAUCAGCUAUUUGGUGAUGUUUGUUUCCAUUGCAACCGUGUGAUUGAAGGAGAUGUCGUGUCUGCUCUGAAUAAGGCAUGGUGUGUGAACUGUUUUGCUUGUUCAACUUGCAACACCAAGUUAACACUCAAGAAUAAAUUUGUUGAGUUUGAUAUGAAGCCUGUCUGCAAAAAGUGUUAUGAGAAGUUUCCUCUAGAGCUGAAGAAAAGACUGAAGAAACUAGCUGAAACUUUGGGAAGGAAGUAAAGACUUCCAUCUGCUCUCCCCUUCCUUUGUGAAAAUCUUACGUAUAUUACUGGGUGGGGGGUUGCUUUGAGGGUACAAUCAGACAACAAAUGAUGAUGUAUGCCUUCUAUCAAAUCGAAGUAUCUUGAGAUUCUCUGUUCUCCAUACAUGUACAACCAUCCUUCCAGACUAAAUUAAAUACCAGCUUGCCUGAAAGGUUUCUGACCCUGAUCAUGCACUUGAACUGAUGCAAGUGGCCCAUUCUGCACAGUAAUCUCUGUGGAAUUGAACAGAGGCAGAACAUUUGCUUGUGAAUACCUGCAACGACAAAUGGUGCAAACAUGUCCAGCUUUAGGGGUGUGUAUUGUCAUUUCUACAAAUGGAAGUAUUAACCUUCAUAUUAAGCAUGCAUACAAGUGACUUGGGCAAGAAACCAAUAUACUUUGCCUCAUGGAAAAAUUCAUGCUUGGAUUUCAGGCCAAGUCAUAGCAUUAAAGGAACCUUGUUUCAGAUAGUUUGAAAAUAUUCAGAUUUCUAAAUAGAGUCACUGUACAAAUGACCUACUUCUGAUAGAUUAUGCUUACAUGAUGAAUCUUUGUACAUCAGGCUUAGCAUGAAAUACAUUUAUGAAAUAUAUAUUGCUAUUGCAAGAAAUUAGCAUACUCAGAACUACUUGAAUUUUGCUAUAUUCCACUCAGAAUAACACAUUAACUUUUAUAUAUGCUUUUGCAUUCAUUUACUUUUUGUGCCUUACUCUGCUGGACCAUACAUAACAGUGUUCCAUUAAAUAUAUAUAUAGUUUUAUUUUUUAUUUCAUAUUUUUAUGCAGAAACUAUAUACAAGGUAUUUUCAAAAGAUAACAUACUUUGCCUUAAUUAUACAGGAUGCAAGAAGCAUUUUAUUUCAAAUGUGAACACCUGAGCUUAAAGUUUAGCUUCUGGUCUUCAUUAAUUUUCAGACAAAUACUGAAAAUGCAUAUUUCAGUUAACUGGCAAUAUUACUUUUACACCUAUGAGUGUAAAUAUACACGGUUUGAUCCUGGUAGGAUCUGUAUCUUUAGCCAUCCUCAAGAACUGAGCUCACAAAUCAUCAGAAUUCCUUAUAGCGUACAUCUAAUUGUUUUAUACUAUUGACUUCUAUCCAUGCAAAUCUGUUUUGGUUUUCCCUUUCUUAUAGAAAAUACAGUUGCUUAGGAGUUCUUGAUGGUACUACUUUAUCAAGUACUCAAACAUUUUUUAAUUUUUUUAUAUUAGUGACUUAAAAAAAAUUAUGUAAUUGCAUCAUAGGAAGUAAAAUUUUCUUUCCCGUUUAUGAAAAAUGAGUUGCUUUAAAACAUCUGUUUUCCAGUGUCAUCAAUAAAGGCUAUGUUAUUAAACCUUG